AUGCCAGGACGCAUGGUUUGCGACUCCAGGAUGAAUGUUGGUCUUGCCGUGGCGCUUUUUGAGCAGGGCUACACCGAGGCUAGCGUUCAGGAAGCGGUCAAAUCCUGCUCGACUGUUGAGGAGGCGAUGGCGUUCCUGAACCCCAAGCACAAGCAGACCAAGGUGCGCGACUCGACUGUACAAAUGGCCAGCGACAGGCCGCGUCGGCGCGCGACAGGGAAGAGGGCCCUGACCGGAAGUGUGGCUGGAGCUCCCUGUAUUGCCCAGAGCGGCACGACCGCAGAUGAGGUGCCGCUGACUGUCGGCCACUCUGCGCUGCUGCAGCGCGUAAUCGAGCGGCAGCCGAAGUCCAAAUCCUGUGAGGAGACGAGCGCACCUGCGGCGCCCACUCCAUCUGAAGCCAUCGAAACAGGUUCAUCGGGUGACAGUGUGGCUGCUCCAACACCUGUUGAUCAGACAGAAAGGCUCGGCGCAGAGGCUCAGGAGGACAGGGAGGAGCCUUCGAAAGAACCGUGCAAGGAACCUUCGAAAGAGUCUACAGCUCUCAUGCCGGCUCGCCCCAUUGCUCCCAAUGAGCAGGGCAUGAAGUGGUGGCGAGAGGCAGCCGCUCGAUGGCCCAAGAUCUACCAGAACUUAAGGUUGGAAGCUUCACUUAGCAUCCUUCGGCCCACAUGCCGGGAGGUCACUGACUACCUGGGCACAGUGCAUUUUGCGGAGACAGCCAACACCACCCCAGUGCGAAAGCGCGCGACGGAGGAGCAGGCCAGUACAAACGGCAAGAAGAUGCGGCAGGAGAGCGCUUCUGCGAUGGGCGUGGUGCCCACUCCCUCCAGAUCAUCGCUCGACGGCUGCCGCAGUCCGCAUGCUAUGCGCCUGAACUGCAAUGCCGAUGUGUGCAAGAUCUGCUGCUGUGACACUUCGCCCUGGCGGUCCGUUCGUUUGGGCUGCGGCCACGGCUGGUAUUGCGCUUCCUGCAUGCUGCGGCAUGCUGAGGCCCGCCUUGAGAUGGGCGCUUCUUCCAUUACGUGUCCCGAGUGCUCGUCCGUCUUGGCUGAGCGCGAUCUGAGGAAACUCCUCCCUACUGAAACGAUUGAUCGACUGCUGGCACGAAGCCUAGAACAGGCAGUUUCGUGCGCAGCUGACAUUCGUGCGUGCCCCACACCGAAUUGUCCGAUGAGGGUUGCCAUCGAAGAGGGCGACAUCACGAGGUUCAAGUGCACCAUCUGCAAGAAGGAGUCGUGUCUUCGGUGCGGACGACAGCCGUUCCACAGAGGGCUGACUUGCGAGGAGUACAGCGAAAAGUUGAAGAACAACACCAAGGCGGCCAAGAAGGAGCGCCAGGCUGAUCAACUCUUCGAGCAGUGGAUGGAGCAGACAGGUUCCAAGCAAUGCCCAACGUGCCGCAUGGCCGUCACGAAACAGAAUCUGGACAAGCAGAAGACACAGUACUCCGAAUGCCACAAGAUGAGCUGCCGGAACUGUGGAACAAAGUUCUGCUUCAAGUGUCUAGCGGUUUUGACAGACACCUACACGUGUGGAUGCACCAUUGACGCCCAUGGCUUUAUUGACCCGGUGACGGGCAAGAUCGUGAAGCACCUAAAGAAAAGGGCCAGGAAAUGA